AGUAAGAAUGUUAUGAAAUGUAUUUCAAUGCUAAAUUUUUUAGGCGAUAUUCGCAAUUUUGUUCUUUAAGAUUUGUAACGACGUUGACGAUCGCGAUAGAACCCCGUACUUUGUUCUCCCAUUUUCUUCGAUUAUUCAUAGAAACAAUUAUACGGUAGCGUCAUCAAGAUCAGACGGCGCCUCGCGUUUCGCAAAUGUCAUUCCGCACGAUUUGCAAUUAUGAAGCGCGGCAUCCAUCGUGUACAUACAUCCAUCGCGCCUGAAAUCGAUAGUCCUGCUCGAAACACAGCGAGAGUUGUUGUAUUUUCGAAUUUUUAGGUUAUAAUACGCGUGAUUGAGGGUUGCAAGAGGGGGGGAAAGAAGACUCGACAGAAAGGAACUAGUUCACCACGGCGGAGUAGGACGUGUCAUCUGCGAUUUGUCGUGCUGCGGCAUCUGCCGAAUUGCGCAUGUGUCCGGUACGAUACGAACGAGCUGGUAAAUGAUUGGCUGUUUGGUAGGUUGCCAAGCAACAGCAACAUCGCGCGCGUUACCGGCCGGCGUAGCCGGCAUUGACGAACGAAGCGGCCUUUGACACAGUGGCGUACAAUUUCGCGCAGAACGACGGCGGCUUUCGUGGAGUGCAUACGCGGCGGAUCGUAAGCGAUAUACCCGUGUCAAGCCGGAUUACUCAUACGAACGGGCACUUUCUCUCCCUCUUUUCUCUCUCUCUUUCUCUCCGUUUGCUCUCCGCUCCGCCUGUCGCUUCGCGAUCGCGGACGGUAACACAACACGUACGCUCCCUUGACGCGUAUCCCUGUAUCGCGGUUGUCGCGGACAUUCUCAGUCUUGCGGUAAAGGACGUCGCGGUAGCUUCAGAGUUUCAGGGCGUCUGAGAAGAGGUUAAACUAAAAGAUGGCAGAAGACAAGAACGAGACCAGCCCGAGUGCCGAGGGCGAGAAGCCACCGCAGGAAACGACGGCGGCGUCGCCGCCAGCCGCCAAGCCGGACAAGGAGGAACCCGCGAAAGAGUGUAAAGAGGACGAGAAGAAAAUCGAGGAGAAUGGCGAAGGUGAGAAACCGAAGGAGAAUGGCGAGGAGAAGUCCACGCCGGAGCCGAAGGACAUGCGGGCCAUCGUACUCAACGGUUUCGGCGGCCUGAAGAGUGUCAAAGCUCUGAAGAAGCCGGAACCCACCCUCGGCGAGGGAGAGGUCCUCAUACGAGUCAAAGCCUGCGGAUUAAACUUCCAAGAUUUGAUGGCCAGGCAAGGCGCGAUCGACUCGCCGCCGAAAACUCCGUUCAUCAUGGGUUCGGAGUGCGCGGGUGACAUCGAACAAGUCGGCGAGGGAGUCGAAAACUUCAAAGUGGGCGAUAGGGUGGUCGCCCUUCCUGAUCACAAAGCGUGGGCGGAGCUCGUCGCCGUGCCGGCGACGUCCGUUUUCGCGCUACCGCCCGGGAUGAGCUAUCUCGACGCGGCCGCCAUCACCAUGAACUACACCGUCGCUUACAUUCUGCUGUUCGAGCUGGCCCAUCUCACACCCGGCAAGAGCCUGCUGCUUCACAGCGCUGGCGGUGGUGUGGGUCAAGCGGUGGUUCAGCUCGCGAAAACUGUGAAGGACGUGACCAUCUUCGGUGUCUGCAGCAAGUCCAAACACGAAGCCCUCAAAAACGCCGGAACUAUCGACCAUCUUCUGGAACGUGGCGCGGACUAUAGCAGUGAAGUCAGAAAGAUUUCCCCAGAAGGCGUAGACAUUGUCCUGGAUUGCUUGUGCGGCGAAGAAUGUAACAAGGGCUACGCCCUUUUAAAGCCGAUGGGCAAAUACAUUCUUUAUGGAUCCAGCAACGUUGUCACUGGGGAAACUAAGAGCUUCUUCUCCGCUGCGCGAUCAUGGUGGCAAGUCGACAAAGUGUCGCCCAUAAAGCUGUUUGACGAGAACAAGACAUUGUCCGGAUUGAAUCUACGCCACUUGAUGUACCAACACGGCAGCCACGCGUUCGUCCGACGAGCGGUGAAUCAAGUAUACACGCUGUGGAACGAGGGCAAGAUCAAGCCGGUAGUGGACUCAACAUGGGCGCUGGAGGAUGUGCCCGAGGCCAUGCAAAAAAUGCACGAUCGCAAGAACAUCGGUAAGAUCGUGCUGGAUCCGAGUCUGGAGCCGAAGCCCAAACCAGCCACGCCGGCUAAGGGCAAAGCGAAAGACAAGAAAGCCGCGAAUCAGGAGGAGAAGAAGGCGUCUAGCGUAGAAUCGGAGGAGGGGGAGAAGAAGAAGGAGUCUGAAUUGACAAACGGUACCUCCGAGGACAAAUCUGAUAGCGAUUCGAAAGAAAAGGAAUCUAGCUGAAUUAGCAGUAGCAACUAAUCCUAUAAGACAAGAAAUUAAUAUCCACAAACAUCAAGAAUUCCCGGGAAAUAUUACUAUUACUGAGAGAGAUCCAUCGCUAUUGCCCAAGAGAACGAGAAUUUGAAUUCAACUUGUAUAAUCCACGAACAAUAUCACGCAGAAUUUACAUGCAGAUGAUCCAUAACGGGAAAACUAUAUAAUUCAUAUCGUACAAUCUAAUAAUAUAACGGGAGGGGGGGGGGAAGGCGACUCAUUGCUUAUCUCCGAGGCGAUUGCCUGUGAGAUAUGAAUAUUAAUUCCGAAAUUUUCAAUUUAGCACUGUAAGGUACUCACACAUUAUUUUUCUUUCACGUCCCAACGGGACGUCCCUCUCUUCUGUCACCGUUUGUCAUCUGCAUGUGUCUGUUCUCCUCUCCAUUUGCGUCGAGGAGACUCAACCAGCAUAUUGCAUAAGGACGAAGGAAGCAACCAAAUAAAAAUAACAAUCUUGAUGCGGUCCACUGUAGUUUACAGAAUAUAAGAACGUUAUGUUUAUUUUUUCACACCGACCAAAUGGUUAAUUUUGCGAAGAGUUGAGUGAAGAACUGUUGGAUACCAGGUGGUCAUUAGGCAGCUCGAUUUUUUCUUUUUUUUUUCUUUUUAUUAUCGCUAUUAUCAUCGUAGGAAAUGGAUGUAUCAGCCUUUCCGUACUUAUCAAAUCAAUCGAGCUCAUAAAAGAGACACAACAGAAAUAUAAGAGGUUUAAUAAUUGCUGUGUUGUCCGACAGCUUUUUACUUGGCUCUGUCUAUUUGUAUCGAAUACUAUCGCUGCUACUACGGUAUAUACUAACAUUCUCAUACACUAAUAUAAUAUUACCUCUAUUUGUAAUUUAAUGGGAUGAAAUAACAUAUUACGCUGAAAUCGAGUUUCCGUGGAUAAAAGCUAAAUGCGUAGCUGCAUUACUUUCGUAUGUAAAUUUUAUGUAUUAAAGAUGUUUUUACGCCAUCUUAUUAUUCAUCGUGAUGUUAUUGUCACGGUGAAAUAUCCUUUUAAAUUUUAACGAUAGCCAUGAAAGUCUAAUAUUUAGCAUUAUAUACACGGGGCAUUUCGCUGGAAUUUGGAUGCUCUUUUUUUCAUACUCUUUCAUACUUCAUAGUUCUUAUGUAAAAUUUUAGAUUUCGACAUUUUUCCUACGUAAAAACCAAAAAAUUAAAAAAAAAAAAUUGAAGCAUCUCAUUGUAACUGCCUAAAAUCUUAUCGCAGUCAGUAUUUUUCUAAAAAUCGGGAUAAUUCGAUCUCUACUUACAGAUCACGUGCAUUGAUCUUUGCAACGAUAUAUCAACGAGAACGCUUUUGAAAAUAGUGAGUUUCGAGUGAGUUUUGGCAAAUCGCAAUGCAAAACUAUUUAAGAAUAAAGAAUAAAGAAUUUGUUAAUGUUUAUUGCGUGCGCUAAAGAUUUUGGAUAACAAUCAAAUUUGAUAUGUAAUCUGAAUAUAAGAAUUAACUGAUAUGUAACAUGAAUGAAUUAAUUAAGCGAAAAUCUAAUUAGACUGAUUACUUAUGGCUUGGGAUUGUGACAAGCCUAGAGACAUUACUCGGCACAGAAGUGCUUUGAGAAUUAUCUUAGCGAAUGUUGGCGUAUUAUCAUUUCUAUGCGAGAUUUCGAAUCAGUUUCAAUGAAAAGACCGGACGUGUAUGCUCGUACAAUGUCUCAUCGUUUUUAUUCACAUGUACGAAUUGAUAAUGUACUUUAAAAGCUCCGAGUAUAACUUUAUUGUUUAAAUGAAAUUUUAUAAACAUAUUUAAUGACGUUGCAUCAACAUAUGUACAUGAAGAGUAAUUUAAUGAACUAGUGUCGUAGAGUAUAUCGCUUUUUUUAAUGAGAAGAAACGACUGUCUAAAAGUGAAAUACGCAAGGCCUCAUUUUUUAAUUAUAAACACGAAUCGCGUGAAUAAAGUUGUGUCGCUUUACGAUGCCGAACGCGUGACUGCAGUCCGAUAAGUUACGUUGAAUCCGCAUUGCGGUUCUUUCUCGAACUUUCGAACCUUCGAGUUAUAUUUUUUUCGACGGCAUGAUAGUCGACUGUUUUAUGCGAAUAAUAGUGAGCGAUGCGUUAUUAACGGCGAUCUGUUGAACGAGGUUUCAUAGUAAUAUAAACGAAAGAUUAGAUUGAGGAUUCUCGUGUGAGUUUUGAGAAGGUCAAAUAAAAGAACAAAAAGAUUUCGGGGGCGUAUCCUCGAUGGAACGCGGCUCGGUGGAGGAGCUGGCCGAUGCAGAACAAAAUGUGCAUAUCUCUCCGGAACGUUGGAACAAUUUUGGUGUAGCCGAUUUCGUUAGGAUUUGAUACUAGCUCUGUAUACCGAUAUCUAUAUUAUACAAACUGCUAAUGUGAAAGAAAAAAAAGACGCGGACGAGGGGGAAGGUAUGUGUCGACGAUAUCUCGCGCGCGAAUCUCGAUCGCGAGAGAAGCGUGCGAAUGCGCCAAGAAUUACUGCCGUAUCGAAUCUCUCAGUCCACACACAAAAGUACAUAAUACUAUCUUAUCAAGAAAACGUAUCGAUCUGAAUAAGAAAAAAAGACAAAAAAAAAUGAAAAUGCAAAAAUCAUGCGAUAAAUGUGGCUGCAUAUUUUGAGACAUCUUUUAACACGUAAGAUACACUUAAUCCAACACGAAGUAACAUACGACACACGACACACGGUGCCCAUACACGAAUACGACGACACACAUAUUGUAUAUUUUAUUGUAAGGCUUUAAAUGUUUCAUCAAAUAACUAUUAUAUUAUAAUAUAUCUAUAUAUUUGUAUCGAUCGUUUUCCUCCUGUCCUGAUAUUUCAUUUAGGUCCGAGGCACGAACGUCAGAAUAAUAAAUUCGGGAUGUGCGAGUGUUGUACGUGGAAUUGAAUGCGAGGGCUUUGAAUCCGGAAGCGUACGCGAAAAUCGAUUAGCGACCGAAUGUUGUUUGAGAAUGAUUGGUAGUAUAAAGCCAAUCGUUGCCAUCGUCGAGAAUGAUAAGGGAAAUUGUUAGCAGUCGCUGCGAAAAAAAGAAAAAAAGAAAUUGGUACGCGACGUAGGAGUCCGUUUUCGAACUUGAAUUUUUGCCAUUUGAAUGACGAAGGGCUCGUCUCAAGGCUAUAACCAUUCCGUUGUCGUGAUAGAGAGAGAGAGAGAGAGAGAGAGAGAGAGAGAGAGAGAGAGAGAGAGAGAGAAAGGAAGCCGAGCACAUGCAUCUUAUUAGUUACGCGUAGCCGCAGUCGUUAGAAAGCAGGACCUACAAUUUCGCGAACGUGAUACUGAUUAUAAUUAUGUGUAAAAUUGUAAAAUUUCUCGAGGGGUUCGGGUGAAAGCACCGAGCUUUUCCCCGCUGUGAGAUUCUCAGUCGCGAUUAGCGUCGCCGAAGAUGCCACGAGAGAAAGAAGGAAACCUUUGCCCGCUCCCCGUCAAGCUUGAUAUAGAUUGUAUUUUUGGCUUAUUAUUGUAAGACUGACUAUGUUGCUAUAUUAAAGAUUGCUUCAAAAACA